ACAUAUUAAAGCAAUUAUUUAAUAUUAUAUUUCUUAAAAAAAAACAUUUUUUGUUUAAAACAAUUCAAAAAUACCCGCCGUGAAAAUGACUUUUCACGCAUUUUCACGGUCCAGAAAUAAUGUUCAUCUGAUCGAAAUUUGAGUGAAAAUAAUAAUAAUGCCGAAAGUCGUUUCGAGAAGUAUUAUUUGUUCGGACACAAAGGAUCAAGAAGAAUAUAGUGAAGAAAAACCUUUACACAUUUAUUAUUGUCUUUGUGGGCAAAUGACAUUGAUUUUAGACUGUGCUUUAGAAAAGUUGCCUCUUCGCAAAAGAGAUGGUGCCAGGGUUAUUGACGGCAGUAAACACGCACAUAAAAUGACUUUCGAACAAGAUGAAGCCGUCUUUUUAAAACGUCCAGAAGGAAUCGAAAGACAGCACAGAUUAAAGUGCAAAAAAUGCGGUUUAUUACUUUACUACAAACACGAUCUCACUGCCAAUAUUGUAUUUAUCGUUAAAGGAUCAGUGAUUAAAAGUUCUGGAGAAGGUCCAAUGACUGAUAUUUACAACCAAGUGGCUGUCGAGAAACCGAAAAAAAUUAUGGUUACUAAACACACAAAAAAUAUGGGAAAAUUCAGUUCCGUAACAGUAUCAACAAUAGAUGAAGAGGAAGAUGAAAUUGAAGCUCGAGAAGUUGCUGAUUCAUACGCAAAUAACGCAAGGAUAAUCGAAAAACAACUUGAAAGGAAAGGUAUGAACAAGCGAAAAGCAAUGGCACCACCGGAAGCAAACCCAAAACGAACAAGACCAAGAGGAACAUUAUUAGAUAUGUAGUAAAUAAAAUUUUAAUUUGUGUGCAAGUUAUUAGUUAUAUUUAAAGAAGAUUAAUUAAUUAAAAGCUUUUAACCAAGAAUUACUUAACAAAAACAAAAGUAAAAAAAUAUUUAUUGUACAUAGAAAUAAAAUAAGGCAUUUUCCAGGCUUAUUUUA